AAUUGAACAUACUGUCUUACUGAAAAUAUUGAAGAUCUGUCCGCAUGCUCAAAGUGUAAUUUACAUCCAUGCACUUUCACAACACAACACGCAACUGUCAAAUCUUCUUAUUAUAAAGAAUGAUUUUACACGAAAAAAUAGUCUCAUGGUCGGUUUUGAAAAAAAAUGCGGCCGGUUACUAACGUAUUGUCUAUGUACUAGUAUGUAGUAUGCAUAUGUUUAUAACUGAUGGGUGUAAACCAGCAUUUAUUGAUUUCAAUUUAAUUAAAAGUUAUUUCAAUCAAUUAUUAGUUCAUAUCAAAGCAGUUUGAAAGGCUAGUCCACGUGUAUUCGGCGGUACACAUGCGCUGAAUAAUGGCCGCAGACUUUUCACUAGUGCCGUAUGCUAAACGUAUUUUUCGUCUAAGCAUGUAUAAUUGAUUCUAUAUAUUUAUUCACUGUUGUAUUGUUCAUGAUAUUUCAUUAAAUUACGCUAGAAGAAUCUGUGUAAUGUGUCAGGGAAGUGACUGGAGGUGCAGUUUUAGUUACGGUAAUAUAAGUCCAUAUAUGAUCUCGUACCUGCGUAACAGAACCAGUGAGCAUACGUUGAGCAAUGUGGACAGUUUGUGGAUUAACAACGCCGCACAGGUCGUUACGCCAUUCGCAGUAACUAUUGGUGGAUUGAUUGACAGACGUCUGGGAGUUAGAAUCGCUACGGCAACCGGUUGUAUCAUUUUCUGUUCCGGAGUUGCACUCACAUAUUUUACUAUCAAGAAAUCUCUUGUAAUGGUAGCUUUGUCCUACGGAGCUCUAGCAAACUUCGGGUCUUUUAUUGCAUAUGGACCACCAGCACAGUGUGCUGUAAAGUGGUUUCCUAAAAGACCUGGUUUUGCUGCCGGGCUGAUAGUGUGCGGUUCUGGAGGCGGGGCUCUGAUUUUCAACCAGGUCGUUACAAUGUAUAUAAAUCCAGGUAACCUAUCUCCAGAUCUUGAAACAGCAGAUGGGGAAAAAUAUUUCACAGACAAGGAUGUAUUAGACAGAAUACCAAAAGUGUUUCUAUUGCUGGCAGGGAUCUAUGUUUGUCUACAAUGUAUUGGAAUUCUUCUUUUAACAACAAGACCUACAGACACGGAAUUGGCCCGGAGGUGCCAGUAUAACAGAGAGAAGAAUGAGCACGACGGAAAUGAGGAAGAUUCACCGCUGGUCGAUGUCACACACAAAGCUAUAGAGAAAGUGCAGAUGAAGACGGUUUUGUAUAAGAUGCUAACUGAUAAAAAUGCCUACAUCUGGUGGAUAAUUUUGUUUAAUUUGUAUGGAGGAAUGACUAUAGCAAAUGGCUUGUACAAGGUUUACGGUCAAACUUUCAUCGCUGACGAUCAUUUUAUUGCACUGAUUGGUUCACUUUCUGCUGUAUUCAACUGUGUAUUCCGACCAGUCUGGGGAAUGAUGAUGGACAAAUAUGGCUUCCAGGUAGCGGUAAAGCUUGCGUCCGCAUGCUUCGUAUGUCUUAGUUGUACCAUUAUGCACACAGAAACACUAGGCAAGGUGGCUUUUCUUCUUUGGAUUUGUGGGAUGUACGGUAGUUCCUGUUGUGUUAUGUCCAUUGGCCCAGCAACACUAGCAGAGUUAUUUGGUGUGGAGUAUAUGGCCAUCAAUAUGGGAUUCACGUUCAGCGCUGUGACAGCGGCUGCACUGACAGUAGGUUUUAUUGGGCUCGAUCUUCAGAAUAUUUUAGGCUGGCACGGACUAUUUCUACUGACUGGUUUCAUGGGUGCUACAGCAUUUUUCGUCACUUUCCUUUUUGAUGGACGAGAUGCGGAAGGCAACCUUAUAUGAACAAUUCAUUGGUCAAAGUGGCGGAAGAGUUUCAACGGCUCAAGAUAGACAUAGUUCUAACACAAACUAUUCAAGUAUCAAACAAUAUAUCAUGGACAUUUUUUAAAAGCAUCUCAAUUCUGAACCAGUGAUGCCAAAUAUCUAAGCUCUAGGCAAAGGUUUCAGACAACAAUUUUCUUUUAGUAUUUCCUGUAUACGUUUGUGUAAACGAAGUGAACCCCAUGGAUGGAGCAAACUGAUACGGAACAACUACACAGUGCUACAAGCCAAAUAUUUAAACUCCGUUCGUACGGUUUUAGAGGGCUAACCUGCAAUUGAACAAAACGUCAGGACAUGACGAAAUAAACCAUUGUAUGUUAAAAGAGACAGCAUAAAAAUCAAACAAUUCAAACACCUUUCAAUAUCUUAUUUAACAUGUCUACAAAAAUGUAUUUACCCAAAUUACUGGAAAAAAGGUAAAGUCAUGCUAUGUUCUUUUCCCUUGCGGGAAGAAAACGUCCUAUUCCUCUGUUUGAAAAUACUCAGAAUUUGUCGAACAUCAUAAACAUCUUGGCGUAAGGCUGUCCAAAGAUAUAUCUACUUGGCAUGAACACAUAUCUAAUAAAAUGUAAAUUCGGCAUAAAAAAUACUAGUAUCUAUGAGAACGUUGACAUUUACUUUGAAAUUACAAAACAAAUGGCCUUAAUGCUGGUACUUCACACUAAUGAUCUUUAUUCAUUUUUGGGUCGAAUAGCAUUUUCUUUUUUUUUUCGAAACACUCGUAAAUGUGUCAUUAUUAACAAAGACAAAAACCCACCUACCUCGAUUUUGUAUAUAUUGACGCGCAACACCAGCACCGGACGUCGCGCAACCCUUUUUAAGCGUAUUCACAGCGGGCAUUGGAUUGUGCGUUUACCACCCGUGCUUGGCCCACGUACCAUUUAAUUAUGUUGAUACUGCACGAGUUAACCCAUAACAGUACCCGCUGCUUCGAUGUGGAUGUUUUCUACUUCGUCUUUUUUUUCAUAACUCGCACAGUAUGAGAGAAGCAUAUUCUAGGACUGGUCUCAAAUGUGCUAUAAACGAAACUGGUUUCUCUUUCUGAUCGUAGAAAAUACAAAAAUUGAUUUUAGUUUACAAAGGAAAAACGUGAUAUCUAGCCAACAGAUUUACUCGAUUUCUUCCCAUUGAAGGGAAUGAUUUGAACCCAUAUAAUUUAAGAAACAAUGUCGAUUUUUUAAAUUUUAGCUAGGUGUAUUGAAAUUUGUUCUCGGUCCACUAUUUCCUCUGCAAUAAAAUUAUGGAAUGAGCUGAAUAUCGAAACUCGCCAGCUGCCAAUUCUUUCGGCUUUCAAAAAUAAACUUAAAGAUAUUUUAAGCCUUUACAAUUCCCUUCUUUUUAAUUAAUAGGGCGUAAAAAAGUUUGUUUCCGGUAUCCCGACCUAACCUAAAUUUUGGACCCGACCCUCAAUGUUUUUAUGGCCUUGGAGAAUAUUUUUUUCAACUUUUUAACAAAAAAAAACAAAACAAAAAAAAAAAAAAAUCCGACCCACCUAGCCUGUUUUUUAGGCCUAGGUGACAAACGCUGACGCUACACGCCCGAACAUGAAACAAAUGUAGUAACCUUUUGUAAUCCAAAUGGAUAAAAUUGCGGAUCCGAAACGGAAGAUGCAGAAUACGAAAUCUUUAGAUGUACAUGUUUUUUUUACACCGAAGAGAAAAGCUUCUUGCGAAAACAAGAUUAUUCCAUCCAUCAAAAACACAAUACUUCAUAAUGUUACCCCUAUGUCCUGUUGUCAUUGUUAUCUUAAUUUCUGAGUCUUGUGAUUUCCGUGUAGACAUUCUGGGAUGUGGAGAGCGUAGCAGUUUCUUUUUCUCUUUAACAAAAGUAUCAUUAUCAUGAUUAUAUAAUUCGAGAUCAUGUUAUUAUUAUCAUCCUUCUUUUUAAUUUUAUUAGUAUCAUUGAAAUACAUUGUGAUAUUUUUAAGGAAUUUUAAAACUAAUGCAUUCGAUCAUUUUUCAUUUGCUAUUAGUGCUACGCAUUUAGGAAGAACUAAAUUCUUAUUGUAAUAACUUAUAUUCACUAGUUGUUUAUAUCAUUUAGAUUAUCUUAGAAAGUAAAUAUCAACUAACACAUGUUUGGAAAGGUCUUUGAAUGUUGAAAGGUUUGAAAGUAGAACUAAUCAUAUAGCUUAUGACCCGUCUAGAAAACAAUAUAAGCCACUAAAGAGAGUAACUUGUUUAUUGAAGAAAUAAUUUUUAAAUAGGUAUAUAUCACUUGAAUGUUAUAUCAAUAGGUAAAAUUUCGUAAUAGCCAGUAAAAUGGUGUCAAACAUUAUGUAAAUUUUGAAUAUGUCUGUUUGUAUUUAUAGCCGUUACUGGAACCAUGCACAAUUAUAUUAGUGGGCAGAUACAGCAGGUCCUCCAGUUGCAGAACAUUCCAUGAUUCUUUAGUAUGUAAGGUGAAAUGCAUUCAUACACGAGACUCUUAUCACAAUAUUAGUAAAUCUAGGAUCGAACUCAUCAUCCCUGGUUUUGUAGUCAGAUAUUGUUACCACUGGACCGCUGUAUACGCUCUUACAUUUGAAUAUAUUGUUGUGCUACCAUUUUAUACUCGGUGAACAUAUUUGACUCACCUGGAUAUAAUGUGGUUUCUAUUAAAAUCAAAGGAAUCAA